ACAAUAACGAGAUGAAUAGAGGAUCGUCAUCAGUCUCAUGUGAUCCUGUUUAUUUUGUCAGAGAUGCAUCUAGUUUUACGAAAACAACACACGAACGAGCAGCAUCUGUUAAAUUAAAACUAGAACAUUUAUAUAAAGUAACAGUUGAACAAACUGUUGAAAGAAAUCAGCGAAGAAUAGACUUUGAGGCAAAAUUAGCGCAAGAUCGUGGUUCAGAGGAAAGAAAAAAGCGUCAACUUAAUUCUUUAGGACAAAAAGAAUCUCAAUUUCUUCGAUUAAGACGUACUAAAUUAUCAUUAAAUGAUUUUCAUACAGUUAAGGUGAUUGGAAAAGGUGCAUUUGGAGAGGUGCGUUUAGUACAAAAAAUUGAUACAGGAAAAAUUUAUGCAAUGAAAACGUUACUUAAGUCAGAAAUGUUUAAGAAAGAUCAAUUGGCACAUGUUAAGGCAGAAAGAGAUGUGUUAGCUGAGUCAGAUUCUCCAUGGGUUGUAUCACUUUAUUAUUCAUUUCAAGAUUCGCAAUAUCUAUAUUUAAUUAUGGAAUUUUUGCCAGGGGGUGAUUUAAUGACUAUGUUGAUCAAAUAUGAUACAUUUUCAGAAGAUGUAACUCGAUUUUAUAUCGCAGAAUGUAUAUUAGCUAUUGAAGCGGUUCAUAAGCUUGGUUUUAUUCAUCGUGAUAUAAAACCUGAUAAUAUUUUGAUUGAUAAAACCGGACAUAUUAAGCUAUCUGAUUUUGGUCUUUCUAUGGGAUUUCAUAAAACUCACGAUAAUGCUUAUUAUCAACGACUUUUUGAAAGCAAAAUAAAUUCAUCUACUUCUUCAACACAAAAUUCAUUGAUGGUUGAUACAAUUUCUUUAACAAUGUCUUCUAAAGAUAAAAUUGCUACAUGGAAGAAAAAUCGAAGAAUUAUGGCCUAUAGUACUGUUGGUACUCCUGAUUAUAUUGCUCCAGAGAUUUUUACACAGCAUGGAUAUGGACAAGAAUGUGAUUGGUGGAGUCUUGGUGCAAUCAUGUUUGAAUGUCUUAUUGGAUGGCCUCCAUUUUGCAGCGAAAAUGCACAUGAAACAUAUCGUAAAAUUAUCAAUUGGAAAGAAAAUCUUUAUUUUCCUGAAGAUUUACAUCUUAGUGCGGAAGCAGAGGAUUUAAUUAGAAAAUUAUUAACAUCGGCGGAUCAACGUCUGGGUCGAUAUGGAGCUAACGAUAUAAAGUUGCAUCCUUUCUUCCGUGGAGUAGAUUGGAAUACUAUACGAGAAAUAAAUGCACCUUUCAUUCCUCAACUUAAAAGUAUUACAGAUACAAGUUAUUUUGAAGAAAUCGAUAACAUUCCUGAUAUUCCUAUGAAUUCCCCACCUAUGUUACAAAAUAAAAUACCAAGUGAUGUUGAUCAAAAUUUAGCUUUUGUAGGCUAUACUUAUAAACGAUUUGAUAUGAUGACACAGAAAGGGAUUUUAUAA